ACCCCAAGCACCACCAACACCACCACCGCCGCAAGCAGCACAAGCAGCGCCACCACAAGCAGCACCAGCACCACCAGCAACACCACCUCAAGCACCACCAAUACCACCACCAGCACAAGCAGCACAAGCAGCGCCACCACAAGCAGCACCACCACCCCAAGCACCACCAAUACCACCACCAGCGCGAGCAGCACAAGCAGCGCCACCACAAGCAGCACCAGCACCACCACCUCAAGCACCACCAAUACCACCACCAGCACAAGCAGCACAAGCAGCGCCACCACAAGCAGCACCAACACCCCAAGCACCACCAAUACCACCACUACCGCAAGCAGCACAAGCAGCAGCAGCAGAGCCUGAGCACCUUAACGACGG